AUGACAAUGUCUCGUAACUAUCUGUGUCUUUUGACCUGCAUGUCUCUGGCGGCUGCAAUGAAUAUGGAUGAUAUAGAGGAAUAUACAAGACCUGAAAUUAACGCAGCAGGUAGCAAAACCUUCCAUUGGUUGGCAUCAAUGACCUUUUUGCUUCUAUUACCGUCUUUUUCAACGACUUUAACAUUUGGCGGUAAAGUGUAUUCAUCGUUAUUCUUCCAAUCAAUAAGUUGCGCUUACUGCUUAGUAGAAGCAUUAUUUUUGAGGUUCCCUGAUGGAGAUGGUAUCGAAAACAGGACAUCCAGAGGUUGUUCCUGGGCAUUACUGUUGUUAUCCGGUCUUACUUUUCUAACCGGUGCUAUAUAUACAGGAUCGAACUUUCUGUUGUUCAAUGACAGGAUCAAAAGCGCCUUGUCUCAUAUAGCUUCAACAAAGGUCGAGAUUGCCCAUAGAGUGUUAUCUCUGUUAUGUGUGCUAGGGGGUUGGGUGAAAAUCUGUCUCGCGCCUGUUGCUUUGUUUGGAUUUUGUCGUGGAAAACACACCGGUCAAUGUAUCGCUCACGGUAUUAUGGGCACUGCUUUUGUUCUGUAUGGAUUCGUUUAUGUGACAGUGCUUGUACUUCCUUGGUUGAGGAAUAACAAUGGGAAAUACUCACAGGAUUUCUAUGACAGUUGCGUUAUGUGUGCCUGGGGAAUUGUUAACACUUUCACAGAACAUAGAUGGGGAAGAGAAGAAUGGAACCAUGGAGACUAUCAACACACUGCAAUGGGGAUCAUUUGGUGGGCUGGUGGACUUGUCGGGAUAUACCUCUCUCGUGACGGUAGCAGAACAUUUGUGCCAGGACUGCUCAUUAUUGUUACUGGCUGGGCAAUGUCGGAACAUUCACAGAAGCUUAUCAUCAGCACAAAAGUUCACUAUUUGUUUGGGUUAGUUCUCAUGAGCGGUGGAGCUCUACGUAUUAUUGAAAUUGCCUUCUUGCUUCGUGAUCGCAGGACUGAUAAACAUAUACACUCAUUUCAGUACCUACCACCGUUUUGUCUAAUUUGUUCAGGUAUAUUGUUUAUGGGCGCAAACGAAGAACAAUUAAUUUUAGUUUUGAGAUUAGGUGCAGAUCACGGUGCAUAUAGUCUAAUUCUUAUUUCCGGGGCCUUCUUAGUGUUCCUUUGGCAGCUAUUAUGCUUAAACUUUUAUCAACGUCUCAUUGAACAAAAGUCUGGCUCCUUUUUAGAUAACCACCAUUCCGAAGAUGCAGUUUUAGAAUUCUCUUUGGAAGACGUCCGUGAAGCCUAA